AUGGCUGGUUUAGAUUACCUCUUGUUUGAAGAGGCCAUGGGUUACGCCGUCUUCAAGGUCAAGCUGGCCCAAGACGACGUCGGAUCCCGUCUCAAAGAGGUUCAAGAGGCCACCAAAGACCUGUCCAAGUUCUCCAAGAUUGUCGAGCUUGUAUCGUUUGCUCCUUUCAAGGGAGCUUCCCAGGCGCUUGAGAAUGCCAACGAAAUCAGUGAGGGUAUUGUUUCCGAGUUUUUGAAGGCUGUUUUGGAGAUGAACAUCCCAAAGGGUUCCGAGAAGAAGAAGAUCCAGCUCGGUAUCUCUGACCGUUUGCUUGGUCCUUCCAUCAAGGAAAUUUUCCCAUAUAUCGACUCGCAGUCCAAUGAGGUGGUGCAGGAUCUGCUGCGUGGUGUCAGAUUGCACGCCUACAAGCUGUUGAAGGAGCUUUCUGAGGGAGACCUCGAGAGAGCCCAGCUCGGUCUGUCUCACGCCUACUCCCGUGCCAAGGUUAAGUUCUCUGUUCAGAAGAACGACAAUCACAUCAUUCAGGCCAUUGCGCUUUUGGACCAGCUGGACAAGGAUAUCAACACCUUCGCCAUGAGAGUCAAGGAGUGGUACGGUUGGCACUUCCCAGAGCUGGCCAAGCUCACCCCGGACAACUACACAUACGCCUCUUUGGCCUUGCAAAUCAAGGACAAGUCUUCUCUGACUGACGAGAGCUUGCACGACAUCGCCGCGAUCGUCAACGAGGAUGCUGGUUUGGCACAGAAGAUCAUUGACACAGCCAUGAUCUCCAUGGGUCAGGACAUAUCCGAGCAGGACAUGGACAACGUUAUCACAUUUGCUGAGCGUACCGUCUCUAUAUCGGACUACCGUAAGGGUUUGUACAAGUACUUGACUGACAAGAUGCACACUGUUGCUCCUAACCUGACCGAGCUGAUUGGUGAGGUUGUUGGAGCCAGGUUAAUCUCGCAUGCGGGUUCUCUGACCAACCUGUCCAAGCAGGCCGCUUCUACUGUGCAAAUUCUCGGUGCCGAGAAGGCCCUUUUCAGAGCACUGAAAACCAAGGGUAAUACCCCAAAGUACGGUUUGAUCUACCAUUCCUCCUUUAUCGGUAAGGCCAGUGCCAAGAAUAAGGGUAGAAUUUCCAGAUACUUGGCCAACAAGUGCUCAAUAGCGUCCAGAAUCGACAACUAUUCCGACGAUCCAAACAACACGUUUGGUCUUAUCUUGAAGAAGCAGGUCGAGGAGAGAUUGAACUUUUACGACACCGGUGCUCCACCAAUGAAGAAUGCGGAUGCCAUCAAGGAAGCCAUUGCCUUGAAUGGAGCCAAUGCUGUUGCCGAUGACUCUGACUCCGACGAAGAUGUGAGCAUGGUUGAUGCUGACUCCAAGAAGGAGAAGAAGGAGAAGAAGGAAAAGAAAGACAAGAAGGAAAAGAAGGAAAAGAAAGACAAAAAGGAGAAGAAGGACAAGAAGGAGAAGAAGAGAUCUACAGACUCCGAGGAAAGUCCAAAGAAGAAGAAGUCCAAGAAGUCCAAGGAUUAA